GCCGCCCCGCGACGACCACCGCCGCCCCCUGCGCUGCAGUCGCCGCCACCACCGCCUGCUGCGCCGCCUCCGCCUCGGGACCGGCUGUAUGAUUAGGCCACAAUCUUCAAUGAGUAAACAUAUUCCUCAGUUCUGUGGUGUUCUUGGUCACACAUUUAUGGAGUUUCUGAAGGGCAGUGGAGACUAUUGCCAGGCACAGCACGACCUCUAUGCAGACAAGUGAACUGUAGAAAUUCAUUACUACUCCACCAAGAAGCCCCCUUAAGAGCGGUUAACCUGGACACAAAGUGUUGAAUUGAAAUUGGCAGAGCAUUUUACAAGAGUUCUGACCUGGAUGGGGUAAACCUCAGUGCACUGCCUUUCUUUUGCCUCAGUAUUACUGGAUUGAAGAAUUGCUGCUUCUUGUUAGGAGGUUCAUUUCAUUUCCCAUUGCUCUCAACUUCAUACUUAAAGCACUGAGAAUUUCAAGUGGAGUAUAGUGAAGGAGACUUCAGUUUCUUUACAUCACUUCUGUAUUCAAAUUUUUAAAUCCUUUCAUAACCUUAUUGAGUGUUUUUUAACUAAAUUGACAUGGCUUGAAUGAACCGCCCAGCUCCUGUGGAAAUCACCUACAAAAACAUGAGGUUCCUUAUUACACACAACACAACCAAUGCAACCUUAAACAAAUUUAUAGAGGAACUCAAGAAGUAUGGAGUUACCACAAUUGUAAGAGUAUGUGAAGCUACUUAUGACACAACCCUUGUGGAGAAAGAAGGCAUCCAGGUUCUGGAUUGGCGUUUUGAUGAUGGAGCACCACCAUCCAACCAGAUUGUUGAUGACUGGCUAAACCUAGUGAAAACUAAAUAUCGUGAAGAACCUGGUUGUUGCAUUGCUGUUCACUGCGUUGCUGGUCUUGGGAGAGCUCCAGUGCUCGUUGCCCUUGCACUAAUCGAAGGAGGAAUGAAGUAUGAAGAUGCAGUGCAAUUCAUAAGACAAAAACGUCGUGGAGCCUUUAACAGCAAGCAACUUCUUUACUUGGAGAAGUAUCGUCCUAAAAUGCGGCUGCGCUUCAAAGACUCAAAUGGUCACAGAAACACCUGUUGCAUUCAGUAAAGCUGAGCUGCCUGUAUUAUUGCCUUGG